CGAUAACAGCAUCGACGAGCAAGCGCACAGAGACAUGUCCAAGUGCGCCAAGGUCCGUCAUCAGAACAUGAAGAAGCACACCAUUCGGGAGGCGUUGCUCUUCUACUGGCUGGUCGGAAUACCUGUCGCCUCCAGCGCUUAUGCCGCCCAGCACCCCGGAAGGUACCUUGAAGGCCCUUUCUUGGGUCUUACGCUGCUGGUGCUGAGCACUGCGCCGGGACCGGCGUGGCGCCGCUGCUGGUCCCUUCGCUUGCUGUGCUGGCGGAACCUCUGCUCUCGCAUGCCGUGGGAUAUCAUCCUGAUGCUCGGAUCCGUCAUGGCGCUCAGCAGGACGGUCGAGGUAAACGAUUGCUGCAGCUUCCCAUGUCUACAUUGGUCGAAGCUUGUGAAUUAAAUGCGGGUUUUUAUUGCAACUGCAAUAAUUAUCCAGACACUCCAGGUGCGCUCACGCCAUCGCGUAUUGGAGUGCGACGGCGUAUGCCUGGCCCGUCGGCCGAGUGUUGGAGGCCACCUGAUCCGCUGCAGGUGCGAGGGAAAAGCAAUUGAGCCAAGAAGACUGGUGUCUUGGUGUGCGCUUCAGAACCCGCGCACUCAGUGUUGGAGGUCACGUCAUGUGUCGAAUUUAAGAGGCGCGACACAGACAAAUGGAAAAUAGAGUGGGGCCACGGAACGUUCACUAUGGGACAAGCGCGCGCACGCUCCGCUGCCGGCUCUGUGACCGAAAAUGGUCCUGGUUACCGAGUGAACUCUCGUCAUGUGUGUCUUUGGGUGCGUGAUACCAGGCAUUUUAUUUAGUAUGCGACUGCUUACUGCACUACAGCCCAGUGUUUUCAGCCCAUCAAACUCUGAAGCUGACUUCAUGUAAUGUUCCAAUACGUACCGCGCUGUUGCUUUUACACUUCACCCUUCGGUUCGACUUUAUUUUUCGUUGACAUUCUUGAAAAGUACGUGCUUUCACGUCACGUUCUAAUGCAGCAACCGUUUAGUUUUUAUCGUUUCGUUAUAUUUCUUAGGCGUAAGAGCAACCUCAAUAGGAUCGAAAUUGAACGGAGAAAGUUGUACGUAUUGAACCUGUUAUAGGCAUUAGGUACGCAACCCGACUAUGUAAUACAAACACAAAACGUGCACGGCAGGGGUGUAACACAAAUGCUGCAACAGGCGUAGCGUUAUACAUAGAUAUCAGCUAGACACGUGCUAGAACACCGACGCCUUUUGAAUGGGCGUUAGAUGGCAUCAAGGAGGUUUUUUAAACCUUCUUGGAUGGCACAAACGAAUAGUUAACCAUUAACGGGUUGUUUUAUUAGACAGUAUUUCAAAUAAUAUUUCUGUUUGAA